AUGGAGACGCAUGUCGACGGUGGCCACGGGCACGGCUACGGCUGGUCGGGGUCGUUAGCGAGCCUCGUCUUCCUCUGCUCGAUGAUAGCGCGGCAAUGCAUCCCCGCCCAGCUCAAGACCUACCUCGACGCCCUGGCCACACGCAUCCACAACGCCCUGUCCCCCUACGACACAAUCUCCAUCUACGAGCGCCACCAGGUCUUCUGCUGGCGCUGCAACGCCUACCUCAACGCCGAGGCAUACCUCCGUGAAACACGAACGCGCCGCGUCCGCUGCCUCCGCGCCACCCUCGCCAGCGGCGCCGCCCGCAUGAGCCUCGCCUUCGACGACUACGAGGAGCUGGUCGACGACUUCAACGGCGCCAGGAUCUGGUGGCGCAAGAUCAAGGAGUUGCCGCGCGCGCACGGCACCGCCACCAUCGCCAUUGCCAAGCACGGGUGGCACGAGGAGGAGUCCCGCGCGUACCGCCUCACCUUCCACCGCCGCCACCGGGCGCUGAUCGAGAACGAGUAUCUGCGCCACGUCCAAGCCCAGGGCCGCGUCGUCAACGCCAGGAACCGCCGACGCCGCUUCUACACCAACAAGCCCAGCCGCGACUGGUUCUGCCGCUACGACUUCUGGAGCAGCGUCAAGUUCGACCACCCCUCCACCUUCGCCACGCUCGCCAUGGACCCGGGCAGGAAGCAGGAUAUCCUCGACGACCUCGAGAUGUUCCGCCGCGGGAAGGAAUACUACGCCUCGGUCGGCAAGGCGUGGAAGCGGGGUUACCUCCUCUCUGGGCCUUCUGGUACCGGCAAGUCCACCCUAAUCGCCGCCAUUGCCAACUUGCUCGAAUACGACGUAUACGUCCUGGACCUCUCGACGAUCAAGACCAACAGCGAGUUGAGGAGGCUCUUCAUGACGACGAGUCACAAGUGCCUCAUCGUUAUCGAGGACAUCGACAGCUCCGUUGAUCUGAGUACUGCCAAGCGCGACAAGGACACCACGACGUCGGACGGCAGCAACGACGACGAGGACAACAAAGGGGUGACACUCUCUGGACUGCUCAGCUUCGUCGAUGGCCUGUGGUCAGCGUGCGGCGGCCAGCGUAUCAUCGUGCUCACAACAAAUUACAAGGAGAACCUAGACCCAGCGCUUAUCCGACGGGGCAGGAUGGACCUGCACAUCGAGAUGCCCUUUUGCUGCUUCGAGUCCUUCAAGGUGCUCGCCUACAACUACCUAGGCGUCACCGACCACAAUCUCUUUUGCGAGAUCCGGCAACUGCUAGCAGAGGUUAAUAUGUCACCGGCCGACGUAGCGGAGAACCUGAUGCCAAGGUCAAAGAAGAAGGACGUGGACGUCUCUCUUGGUAACUUGGUUAUGGCGCUCAGGGAGAAAGUAUUUACAGGGAACAAGGAUCUACACGAUGAUGAGGAUGCUAAUUAA